AUGCGGAGGGGCAAGGAGCGCUGGACACACGCGGACGACCGGCGGCUGGGCCGCGCGCUGCUGGCCGUGUUCGCCAACCAGGGGGACGUCGUGGUGCAGAGCGACAACUGCGCGCUCUGGAAGCGCGUGCAGCAGCGCUACCAGGGGCUCGUGACGGCCGAGCAGGCCGUCGUGCCCGACGUCACGGCGGCGCCGCGCAGCGCGCGCUCGCUGCACACGCGCUGGUCGCGCGGGAUCCGGCCGGACAUGGUGCUCUUCGUGUCGCUCGUGGACGAGUUGCAACGCGCCGGCAAGAAGCCCGCCAAGGCCGUCAAGCAGGCCACCAAACUCUUCCGCGAGGAGCGCAGCGAGACCAACGCGGCGGCCGUGCGCCUGUUUGUGCAGGAGCGCCAGCGGCCGCCGACGCCCAGCGGCGACUCGGAGACGGACUCGGCGCGCCCGAAGCUCAAGUUCGAGUCGUUCCACUUCCGCCACUGCUACGACAUCUUGAGCUCCAACCCGCAGUUCAUCGCGGCGCUGCUGCAGCAGAGCAAGCUCAGCAGCGAGCGUGGGCCCCGCAAGCGCCGGCGCACCGAGGCCGGCUCGGACGCGGACGAGUACAGCUCGUCCACGUCCAGCGACGACUCGGACACGGCCGACUCGCACGAGGACGAGGAGCUGAUGCUGUGCGACACGCCUGCAGGGCGGAUCCAGUUGGCCAAGGUGGGCGCCAUCACCAGCCGCCAGGUGCGUGCGCAGCCGUCGCCGAGCUGGCACAACAACGCCCGAGCUGCUGCCAACGGCGUCCCGGUUCACCCGUCCAAUGUGGCGGCUGCAGGGCGCGGAGCCGACAGCAUGGUCAUCACUUUUGACGAUAUGGACGAGGACGUUGAACUCCCGCGCGUGGAGUGCGACCGCGAGGUGGCGAAUGCGUACGUGCGCCUGCGGAUGCAGACGCUGCAGGAAGAUCGCCGUCUGAAGCUGCUGGCCGAGCUGCGCGGUGUCGUCACGACGAUCUCGCAGCUGGCGCAGCAGCUCGCGUGGAACGGCGUGGCGUCGGCCGCGCUGGCGGCACGAACCGGAGGGGUCUGCCCCGCGCUGGACCAGGACGUGCUGCGCGACAUCGCGUUCUUCCGCCACGAGAAGCAGCGGCUCAAGCAAGAGAUCGCUGCGCUCGCCGGCAACGGGGGCAGCGCCUAGCGGAGAGACUGGAGGGUGAGGAGGAGCAGCAGAGAGGGAGCCAACUAUGACCCAGCCGCCAGUGAAUCUACCUUAUGUGUGAAUACCUAUGAUGAAUCGAUUUUCGUUAGUGAAGGGCAACAACAACAUGCACAGGCACAUCAGCCAACUCGCAGUUGAAAGUGUUGCAAAUCCCAUCAAACCAGCGAGCAGGUCCAUAGACGUGCGUGCACACCGAUC